AUGUCAUCUCACGGGACCCAGCAAGAUGUAGUCGGGGCCCCCCUCUCAGGAGCGCAGGUCGCCCGCUCGAAUGAGACUGUCAACUUCUUGCUAGGAAACCGACGUCCAGCAUGGAUGACUUCGCAAAACGUAGUACCAUCCCACGGCCCUCUUAUGAAUAAGGGAUCGACGUCGAGAAAUCGGCAGGACGUUCAAGGUCCCCAGAUGGCCCCAAUGAGAGCAUCUCAAACGCAGCCUUCAACACACGCUUCAAACACACCUUCUGCGCCAGGAGUCGUCACGAUGUCUACUUUCCGAUCGGCCGACAACUUACAAGACAAGCCUGCGGCUGCGCCUGAAUCUAAACAACUCACAACUGAUUGCGCAGCCGCUCUUCCAUCUCCGGCUCCGACUGACCAACCUAGUCCACCCACAGUCACAUCGAACCAAACCUCGCGACAGUUUCGGGAUAGUUUCUUUCGAAGUCCAGAGCUGGGGCUCGAUCUCGCAGCCAACACCUCAAAUGUAACGACGGCUUCAACAGGGGACACCCGCGCCCAGGAAAUACCAGCCGAUGUCCUGGUGCAAGAUCUCUCAGGGGCUGGCUCUGGAACGGCAGCUAUAGAUCCGAGCAACCCGGUUCCUCUACCAACAAAUCUUCAUUCCUCUGCAAGGUUCUCCCUCUUCGAACCCAGCGAGCACCCAGGGCUCUUCCACUCUUCAGACGCGCUCCUUAAAAGACCGGCAAGCUCGGUGCCACCCUCUCUUGUCCUCAACUCUCAAGCCGCGCCUAGCCCUACGCCCAAUUUGCCAUCUCGACCGUCAUCCGGCCAGAAAUCAAGACCGACAGCAGCUGUACAGCCGCUUGCUACUGGUCACCACACGCCACAGUCUGCCGGCCAAAGCAAAGAUGACUAUCACCCUACCGGACAGCCCACAGGAAGUAGUCAGGACCCGUCAGACAGCUUCCGUCAAGUAGUCAUGGCCAACCAUCUCGACAGCUACGUGUCUAGUCGCGGCGGCAUGGCCAAACUCCCAGAAGACGGCACCACUGCACCUAGAGUACGACUUCUCAAAGACGCCAUUGAGAAGGCUGAUUACUUCUAUAUAGUGCUUCACCAAAUCCUUUGUUUAUGGACGCUUGACACAAAAGGUGCAUAUGACCUCCUUGGUCUUUCUCCUAAUGUGACGGAGAGCGCACUCAACAUUGUGCAGAAUGUCCUUCGGAAGAACACAAACAUGAGCCAUGAGACAGUUCUCUUCUUCGCAAGCUUUCCAGCUAGUAGCGCUUCUGGGCUAUGGGCUACUGAUGCCUACCGCAAGCACAUCGGAGAAAUCUCCGGGUUCCUUAACAACCUCCACGAGCAGUGGAACAGAAUUUUAAUUCCUGCCAUGAGACCUCACUCAGGUAGAGGUUAUCCUAUCUUGGCAGACGAAUUGCGCUAUCAACUCAAACUUCAGUCUCCGAUUCUACAGACUAUUUUCUUCACUGUAACUAGGAGACAUACUGGUGUCCAAGACGGCCCCAUUGCCGAUCAGAUGACUGUGCUAUUCCGACAAGAUUCUCAGAAAGACCAAACAGAAAUGUCCGAAGAGGAGCAAAAGAUGUUCCAGCACUCGCUGAUCUCGCGAUACAAGAUCUUGGUCAGUCAGAGUCAGCAGCAGGAACGGCAGGAACGGCAGCAACAGCAUCAACAACGGCGACUAGCACAGCAGCAGCAGCAGCAGCACCAACAACAGCAGCAGCAGCACCAACAACAGCAGCAGCAGCACCAACAUCAACAGUCGCAGCUGCAACAGCAAGUUUAUCCACAGCAAGUGCCGCAGGACUACGCCAGAGCAUCCGCCAUGGCACGACAGCAAAAUGCGAUUGGCAAUAAUAGAAGGAUGUCUACGAACUUUUUCCCAACCCAGGCCAGAGUGCCAACACCGACACAAAAUUCUCCAACUCAAGGAUUUGACAUGUCUCCGUCCCCAACGGCUGAAAGUCUGGCCAGGAUGCCAAAUACCUUCAACCAUCCCAUCGGACCAGUGCCAUCACAGUUGAGGCUUUUUAGUCAAUCCCACGCGAACCAGCCCCUGACUCCAACAGGCUCGCCUCACUACCCCAGCAUGCAAUUGCCGCAUGCUGCAAUGGUGGCACAGACUCCAGGGCAGACAUCUCCAGUUCUUCGAGCACCUCCAGGGGGGCUAUCAAUGUCCAUGCCAACCCUAACAUCGCCUACGCAUACCGUCGCCCCCAGUCCUCCACAAUAUCAGGUUCAACUCCCUGGUCAAGGUUACCAACUUCUCCAACAAGCUCGCGAAGGGGUUCAAAGGCAUCUUAGGUCCCGGCAAAUGGACAUUGCCCAAAACCAAGCCCAGGCUAAUGUGCAACUGCAAGCUACGAUGAGCUCCCCGAGACCGCAACCACUUCCUUCUCUGCGGCCCCCCUCUCUGCAGCCCCACGUAAUACAGCAAGGGCCGUUCUACCAAGCCAUCAAAGAGCUUGCUCUAGGCCCUGUCUCAACACCGGCCAAGCACUGUGUGCACCGCCUUGUCUUUAUGGUGUCCGACGAGUACUACAGCAAGCUCUGCCCGACGAGCAAUUUGAUAGGCGACGGUGUGCCAGUCUCGAUGUACUUUGAAGGGUCUCUACGAUACCGUCUUCGUCUCUGCGAAUUGCCACUCAGCCCGGACGAACCGGCAAAGAUCUCAGAAUCUGUCUGGGCAGUAGCACAGUCUUACUGGCCUGAACAUAUCGCCAUCAGGGUCAAUGACAAGGCCGUUGCGGUACGCCGAAAGCAGCAUAACGGACAGCACCUACCUGUAGAACUCACUCCAUAUAUACGCCCGGGCACGAAUUCGAUAGCUGUCACCAUCACUCCCAUGCCCGCGUCUCAAAAGCCAAAUUCGAUGUACUUUAUGGCUGUCGAGGUGGUUGAGACGCUGAGCCGCGACAACAUUAUCAAUAUGGUUUUGAGCCAAGGCAUAAUCUCGGCAGAUACGACAAAGCAAGUUAUCCGGAGCCGUCUGGAACCUGCGUCUGCCGAUGGGGACGAUGAGUUAGUUGUGGUUGGCAACGAUCUCAGCAUUGAUUUAGCCGACCCUUUCAGCGCCACGAUAUUCAAAAUUCCAGCGCGCGGCUUUGGUUGCACGCACAUAGAGUGCUUUGACCUAGUCAACUGGCUGCAAACUCGGCCGGUCAAGCCUAGGUGUACCGCGCACGGGGCGGGCGAGGCAUGCCGCAUCUGUAAUCGCGGAACGGAAGGGAGACCUGAGCCUUCCUUGGUUGACAAGUGGAAGUGUCCUCUCUGUGACGGAGAUGCUCGCCCGUAUAGUCUUCGAGUUGAUAGGUUCAUGGAAAAUGUCCGUGACAGCCUCGAGGCUGAGGGCAAACUUCAUACGAAGACAAUUUAUGUUAUGGCUGACGGAACGUGGAAAGCCAAGGAAGAAGAGGCUGAUGAGGAUGAUGAAGAGAAUGCAGACAACGGCCAACCGCCAGCUAAACGGGCCAAAACACGGCCGUCGAUACCAGAGCCAGAGAUCAUCGAGCUGGACUGA